CUCGUCUCAAGAAGUUCUCUUCAUAAAUCUCAGUGUGCUGUUAACCACCGCGAUUGUUUCUCUGACUCUCGAAGGUCUAAUAAACAGAAGAGAAAAUGUACGCGGCUCUUCUGUUACGGAGGUCAACCAGGUUGGCACCCCCCUGCGCAAGGUUCGCGUCAAGCGGUACCGGGCGUCUUCCACCAAGUAACCGAUUAGACUUUCGACGAGAACAUCAAACAGUAGACCGUCCACGUCAAAGAACUUUCACAGAACGAAGUCAACUAAAAUACGCUCGUAGAUUGGUGAUAAAAUUGGGAAGUGCUGUGAUCACUAGAGAAGAUGAACAUGGACUCGCUUUAGGUCGCUUGGCUUCUAUCGUGGAACAGGUAGCCGAAUGUCAAAAUGAGGGUAGAGAGUGCAUCAUGGUUACCAGUGGAGCAGUCGCCUUUGGGAAACAGAAAUUGCAUCAGGAGCUGCUGAUGUCACUUUCAAUGCGAGAGACACUCAGUCCGGCUGAUCACACUCGAGAACAUGCAGGAAAUCUUUUGGAACCUAGGGCAGCUGCAGCCGUUGGUCAGUCGGGGCUGAUGUCCCUCUACGAUGCCAUGUUUGCUCAAUACGGGGUGAAAUUAGCCCAGGUUCUGGUGACUAAGCCAGAUUUUUAUAAUGACGAGACGAGAAAGAACCUUUUCAGCACAUUGAGUGAACUAAUCAGCUUGAACAUUGUCCCGAUAAUUAACACCAACGAUGCGGUUUCACCACCACCCCAAGCCGAUGAGGAAGUUUCUGGCGGUGGAGGUCGAAGGGGAAUUUCCAUCAAAGACAACGACUCUCUGGCAGCAAUGCUCGCAGCGGAAGUCCAGGCAGACCUGCUCAUUCUCAUGAGCGAUGUGGAUGGCAUUUAUAAUCUUCCGCCCUGGCAAGAUGGAGCCAGGAUGCUGCACACGUUCACAUCCGACCUGAGGGGGGCUAUCAAGUUUGGCCAGAAAUCAAAAGUUGGCACUGGUGGAAUGGAUUCUAAAGUCAAUGCUGCACUCUGGGCCUUGGACAGGGGUGUUUCCGUUGUUAUUUGCAAUGGAACUCAAGAAAAGGCCAUUAAGUGCAUCAUGGAUGGGAGGAAAAUUGGCACUUUCUUCACUGAGUCGACCACUUCUUCUGCACCAACGGAAGUUGUUGCAGAAAAUGCUCGAACAGGCAGCCGAGUACUUCAGUCUCUGUUACCAGAGGAGAGAGCUGGAUGCAUCAACACCUUGGCGGAUUUGCUCGAAUCUAAACAAAGCGAAAUCCUGGACGCCAACAACAAAGAUCUAGAGGAAGCCAGAAAAACUGGUUUAGCAAAACCUCUACUUUCUCGUUUAUCCUUAACACCCACUAAGUUGAAAUCCUUGAGUCAUGGUCUUCGACAAAUUGCCGCCGAUUCCUUAAAAAACGUUGGCAGGGUUGUGAGGAGGACCCAGUUGGCUGAUGGAUUGGAACUGAAACAAAUCACAGUACCCAUUGGAGUUCUGCUGGUGAUUUUUGAAUCGAGGCCAGACAGUCUUCCCCAGGUGGCAGCUCUCGCUAUAGCCAGUGCCAAUGGAUUAUUGCUCAAGGGCGGAAAAGAAGCAGCUCACAGCAACAAGUGCCUCAUGGAUCUCGUGAAGGAAGCUCUCAGUUCUGUUGGUGCUGCUAAUGCCAUUUCUCUGAUAUCUACGAGGGAGGAAAUUGGUGAUUUGCUCUCCAUGGAGAAGCACAUCGAUCUCAUCAUUCCCAGGGGUAGCUCGGAACUUGUCCGCUCGAUCCAGAUACAGUCGAAACACAUCCCCGUUUUGGGACACGCAGAGGGUAUCUGUCACGUCUAUGUUGAUGAGGAUGCAGAUCUUGGCAAGGCCUUGAGAAUCAUUCGAGAUUCCAAAUGCGAUUAUCCAGCUGCCUGCAACGCCAUGGAGACACUUUUAAUCCACGAGAGUCAUAUGGACGGGAACUUCUUCUCCGAUGUUUGCAGCAUGCUGCAGAAGGAAGGGGUCACGAUCAACUCUGGUCCCAAACUAGAGCAACAGAUGACCUUUGGUCCACCAUCAGCCCGGAGUAUGAAGAUCGAAUACGGAUCUUUGGAGUGCACUAUUGAACUCGUGUCGAACCUUGACGAUGCGAUAAGCCACAUUCACAAAUACGGAAGUGGACACACGGACACAAUCGUUACGGAAGAUUUGAAAAGGGCAGAUAAGUUUCAAAGAGAAGUCGAUAGUGCUUGCGUCUUUCAUAAUGCCAGCACUCGAUUUGCCGAUGGUUACAGAUUUGGCCUUGGAGCUGAGGUUGGCAUUUCGACUGCUCGAAUUCAUGCUCGAGGUCCCGUGGGAGUUGACGGUUUAUUAACGACGAAGUGGGUUUUGCGAGGAGAUGGUCACACGGCGUCAGACUUUACAGAAAGUGGUGGCAAAACUUUCCUUCAUCAACCCUUGCCAAUCGUCGAAGAGGUGCUCUGAAUUUCAACUCACGUCGAAGACGAAGAAACUUCGACAUCCACCGAUUCGGCUGUGACGCGAUUCGUACUUUAUAUCUUAUCGGUUUUUAAUUUAUCUCGAAAAAGUUCCACGUCAAAAUUCCCUUGUUGCAAGGAAAAGGCUUGAUCAAUCUGCGGAAAAUACGAUAAGUAAAUUUGCCUUUGUUAGAUAAAUUUCUCUUCCCUUUUAAAUCUCUAGAAUAUCAAGAAAAUAAAAUUUACGUGGGGAAAGCUGAGGAGUGCUAAGUCCAAUCAAGCUAACUUUACAGAAGAAAAAAAACUUUCUAAAGAAACAAUUUACAAGCGAUUGAGCAGAUUAUUUAUUUUCUUUGUAGGGGGGCACAAAUUAAUUACGUACCUUUUUCUGGAGGAGGGGGAGGGGGACAAAGAAUUUUAAUGGAAGUUUCCUGUAUCUGAUUAUUCUUUUUUAAAUGAUCUUUUUAAGCAGUAAUUUUUAAACUAUUAUACGCAUUUUAUCAUUA